AUGAAAUGGCACGUUACCGGCGAUACAGCCGAAAAACACCGCGGGGCGUUUUGCGGUCCGACACGAUUCCGCGCGACGGUCGACGUGUCCGGAAGCCGCGGUAGCCCGGCCAUUGCAAAGACUGUCGUCGUUGAUAAACCAAAGCCGUGCGUACUCUGGGACAUGCGGUUAAGUGGGAAAAACUCCGUCCGGGGCGGACCAUGUUUGUCGGAAAAUUGCGUUCCCGAGAACUCAUUAAACCCAACCGAACAUUCAGGAAAUCGUCCUAAACGUAUUAUGUCUGAAAAGUAA